GCGGGGCGGGCCUGGCCGGGCCGGGCGGCGGCGCUGCGCUGACGGGCUGAGUCGGGCGGCGGCGGCAGCUGCAGAGGCUACCUAGGCGCUAACUGGGUGGCCGGUGGGCUGCUGUGGCCUCGAGCAGCCUCUUCGCGCGGCCCCGCACCCCGCAAGCAGCAGCGGGCCGCGACGCCCAGCCUGCCAGUGAGCUGCGGCGGGCACACCCCGGAGCGGCGGCGACUGCGGACAGGUUAGAGUGGGGGCAGGGGCGGGCGCGGGAGCAGCCCAGGGCCAGAGAGGGAGCCCGAGCCAGGCAAUAUCCAACCAUGUCCGACGAGGCCUCGGCCAUCACUUCCUACGAGAAGUUUCUAACCCCCGAGGAACCCUUCCCACUCCUGGGACCUCCUCGCGGGGUGGGCACCUGCCCCAGCGAGGAGCCGGGCUGCCUGGACAUCAGCGACUUCGGCUGCCAGCUGUCCUCCUGCCAUCGCACCGACCCGCUCCACCGCUUCCACACCAACAGGUGGAACCUAACUUCUUGUGGAACAAGUGUUGCCAGCUCAGAAGGCAGUGAGGAGCUGUUUUCAUCUGUAUCUGUUGGAGAUCAAGAUGAUUGCUAUUCCCUGUUAGAUGAUCAGGACUUCACUUCUUUUGAUUUAUUUCCUGAGGGGAGUGUCUGCAGCGAUGUCUCUUCUUCUAUUAGCACUUACUGGGAUUGGUCAGAUAGCGAGUUUGAAUGGCAGUUACCAGGCAGUGACAUUGCCAGUGGGAGUGAUGUACUUUCUGAUGUCAUACCCAGUAUUCCAAGUUCACCUUGCCUGCUUCCUAAAAAGAAAAACAAGCACCGGAAUUUAGAUGAACUUCCUUGGAGUGCAAUGACAAAUGAUGAGCAGGUGGAAUAUAUUGAGUAUCUGAGUCGGAAAGUGAGUACUGAGAUGGGUCUUCGGGAGCAACUUGAUAUUAUUAAGAUCAUUGAUCCUUCUGCUCAAAUCUCCCCUACAGACAGUGAGUUUAUUAUUGAACUUAACUGUCUCACAGAUGAAAAACUGAAGCAGGUCAGGAACUAUAUCAAGGAGCAUAGCCCUCGCCAACGGCCUGCAAGAGAGGCCUGGAAGAGAAGCAACUUUAGUUGUGCAAGCACCAGUGGAGUGAGCGGUGCCAGUGCCAGCGCCAGCAGCAGCAGUGCCAGCAUGGUCAGUUCUGCAAGCAGCAGUGGGUCCAGUGUUGGAAACUCUGCUUCAAACUCCAGUGCCAACAUGAGUCGAGCACACAGUGACAGCAACCUGUCUGCAAGUGCAGCAGAGCGGAUUCGGGAUUCAAAAAAGCGAUCCAAGCAGCGGAAGUUACAGCAGAAGGCCUUCCGCAAGAGGCAGCUGAAGGAGCAGAGGCAGGCCCGGAAGGAGAGGCUCAGUGGGCUCUUCCUUAACGAAGAGGUGCUGUCCUUGAAAGUGACUGAGGAAGACCAUGAAGCAGAUGUUGAUGUUUUGAUGUAAUAAGGGUGAAUUUAUUAGCAUUCUUUGUGAGCAUUAAAAUACUCCAUCCUUAUUGGUUUACAUGCAUUUUGACCAAAAUUUUGGUUAGGGCUGUGCUGAUGUACCAUUAAUAAUUUAAGCCAGUGGUUCUUGACAGGUGGUGCCAAGACCUGCAGCUUCAGCAUCACCUGAGAAGUUGUUAGGAAUGCAUACUUGUGGGCCCCACCCCCAGACGUAGUGAAUCAGAAACCAACAGGGAGGCGCCUAGCAUUGUUUCUUAACAAGUGCGGGGUUAUUCUGAUGCACAGUCUAGUUUAAGAACCACUACUUUGGGUAAACGUUUUGACUGUUUGAAGUUUAUGGUGGCGAAGUGGGCUUCUUCAAAGACUAGCACUUAUACAGUUUAGAAGAUUUCAAGGUACUGCUGACAGUAGUUUAUUAUGUCAGUAUACAUACAUGUGUAGAGAUCAUAAUUUCGUUCCCUUCUUAAUGUUACAAUUUCUUAGUUUACUUUUCCUAAAGGGCCAUAGCAUAAUUCUUGAUUCCUGGUAUAAAUUUUUUCUGAGGUGUGGGGGUGGGCAAGGUGUGGAUUGCUGUUUACGAUAGUGCCUUCAUUAGUUUUAGUUCUGUUUUCAUUCAUUGUUGACUCAAAGGUAUAAGAACAGGCCCUCAUCUUUUUCCUGUUAGAUUUAUUUUUGUUUUUAACUUUAUAUAAGUUUAGAAUCCUUUUUUGUUAAGUGAUGACUACUGAUGAAAUAAUGUUACUAGUAGCUGAAUUUUAGACUUGAUGCUAUGUUGAUUAAUAUUUAAAUGGUGAAAGUAAUUAGGCAAAAUAAGCAAUUCUGCUUUUCUGUUGCUUUCAGAAAUUUUAGGCUGUAAAAUUGUCUCAGGCAGGAAGUCAGUCUGUAUCUCUCUCAAGUUCUUAUUGUAGGUCAUUUUUUUUUUCAGCACAGCUCUAAUUUUUAAAUAUUUGGUAUAACAGCUUCUGGCAUGUGACCUUGUUAAUGUUGAAAAUUAACUGAUGAAAACCCUUAUAGAUCUGCUAAACUUCUCUAUAAAUUGCUAGAAAUAUACAGAGCAAUGAGAUAUAGAAAACACCUUAGCUUGUUGGUUAUUAAUAGAGCUCUAAUUUUAACUGUGAAAUCAUGGAGUUUCUUUAAAUGUUUUCCUAGAGAGUUUGUUAUCAUGAACAUUAGAAAUAGCGUGAUUCCUUUUCUUCUACCACAUGUCUUGAACAUUCACAUGGGUUAAAGAAGAUGGAAACUGAUACUACUGACAAUCAAGCUGCUUUCUGACUUUCAUAAUUUUCUUUCUAUUGUGGAUAGCAUUUUGAAGGUGACCGUGAUUCUGUAGGAAGAGCUGUAAUCAAUAUUUUUCAAACUCUAGAGUACAGAGGUUAGUAAGAUUUCUGUUUUUUUUUUUUUUUUUUUUUGCUUUUUGUUAUGUCAAGUAGCUUAUUAAGAAAAAGAUUCAUGACUUAAAUUCUUAAUUCUCAGUUGAUACAAAGGCUUAUAAUCAUGUGUUUUAAAAUUUUGAUUUCAUUUUCAUUCCUUGAAGGUUAAAGAAUGGAAACUGGGGAUAAAAAUUAAUACGUUGCAGCUUUGCCAAAGUCCAUGGUAUGGUUGUAACCUUUUAAAGACUACUAAAGUCGUAAUUUGAAAUUUUUACUAAAAUAAAACGUAAGUGUCUAUGGUUUUCAAUUGGAGUGGUCUUUCUUUCUUUCCCCCUCCCCCUCUUUGGUUCUCCUAACCAGCUUAGAGGACCCAAAGAGAGCUUGGGGAUAGACACCAGAAUACUCUGGGGAGGUGGAACAACUUAACCUCACUGUUUUCCCUUCCAAGUAUAGGAAGAGCAAAUGGAGAGCAUAGUAACUGUAUCUAAAUUCUCUACCUGCUCUUAGCAAAAGUAAAAUGCCACAGAAUGAUUGCCUGCCAUCUUUACCUAUUCUGCGAGGAAAACAGGCCACUUUUGGAGACCAUAGAGCACCAUGUAUCUGUCAAAUACUUGGAAACUAUUUACUUAACAGGGAUCAGUAAAAGAAAACCCUAAACAAGGUCAUGAUGUAAUUUAAGACCAAUUUCCCUACUUUCCCAAUAAUCAUAGUCUUACUACUUUCAAUUUAACUUGAGUCACUGUUAAAUAAGUUUACCAAAGUGCCACAAAGUUGAUUUUUAAAGUUUGUAAAGGUUUGAAUGUUUAUAGAAGUGCAUCAUGAAAUUUUGUGUAAAUCCAGAUGAACUGUCAUUAUAGUACUAUAAGUUAGAGAUAGUAAUAAAGUUGGGUUGAAGGAGAUUGAAAAUAUUUCAUUUGAUUAAAAGAAAAUCAUUAAAUAACUUGGGCUUGCUCGUGAUUGAAGAGGGAGAUUUAAUAGUCCUCUGUCCCCCCAAAAAAGAAACUAGCAGAAAAAGACAUAAAAAGUUCUUAGGUCUCUGUUCAUGUGCUGUGUGUUUUUUCCAUUGUAAUGUCUUGUGUAGAUAAUUCAAAGUUUGAACUAUUUCUUUCUUGGAAUAAGUAAUAAUUUAUUCAAUAUGGUAUAUCUCUGAGUUCAAUUUAAAACAAUCCAACUCAGUAGUAUUUAUUUUUAAAUUCAAAUCCAAACUAACCAAUUAAUUAAUAAAAAGGCAAGACUGACUUGCUGUAGUAUUGGUUCUCAUCUGUAGAGAACUGACACUGGAGCAAAUUUUAAGUCUCCUCUUUAGGCCGGGCGCGGUGGCUCAAGCCUGUAAUCCCAGCACUUUGGGAGGCCAAGACGGGUGGAUCACAAGGUCAGGAGAUCGAGACCAUCCUGGCUAACCCGGUGAAACCCCGUCUCUACUAAAAAAAUACAAAAAACUAGCCGGGCGAGGUGGCGGGCGCCUGUAGUCCCAGCUACUCGGGAGGCUGAGGCAGGAGAAUGGCGUGAACCCGGGAGGUGGAGCUUGCAGUGAGCUGAGAUCCGGCCACUGCACUCCAGCCUGGGUGACAGAGCGAGACCCCGUCUCAAAAAAAAAAAAAAAAAAGUCUCCUCUUUGAAAAUAAGCCUUGUUAACUGAGGGCGUAAUAAAUUUCCCACAGAUUUAUCCAGAAACAUUUUAUUAGAGAUCUUAUAGUAGUAUCUCAGUUCCUACCACAGCUUUUUAAAGGAUGAGACUUGCAUUUAACAAAAUGACAUAUAUAAUAUUUUUCUAUAGUUUUGCAACUGAAUUAAAGGAAGGUGAUGCAUUAUAAUGUGUAGUGAGGUAUAAAGGGCUAGUUCAUUCUCUCCCAACAAGAACUUAGAAUAAAAUAACACUUUUUUUUCAUGAGACUUACCUCAUUUUUGUUAGGCUAUGGCAGUUUUGUCCAGUUCCUCUGUCCCUUGAGUGAAUUAGAUAUUGCUGAAUUAAUCUCAGAAACUGACUUAUAAAAUAAUGACAUUAUAGAUUGGGUGAACUUCUCAUUUUAUUUAACUUUUAAAAGUGCUAAAUCCUCUCAAAAAGGAAGAAUUAUAGGAAACUACUAUAUAGAGGUAUCCAGAUUCUGAUGAGCUUUAAAAAUUAUAAAAUAUAGCAAAUGUCUUCAUAUUUUAGCUAGAAAUGUUAGUAUACAACCAGUAUAGAAGUCUUGUUUGUUUCUGGGUUCUCCAGCAGAGACUUUGUUUGUGGCUUACUCUGUAUAGCCUCAUGUGCCUUAAAGGUGGUGAACUCUGUACUUUUUGUCAAUAUCAGGCUUUUCAAAACUCAAAAACAAUCCAAAUGUUGUAAUUUGUUUUGCAUAAUGCCCAUGGAAUUGGGUAUCAGUAAGCAAAGUCAUUAAAUUGAACCAAUCAAUGCUAAUAGAGUAUAAAAACAAAAACCUUCAAAUCUUAAAUUUCAUUUGCGUAACUUUAUUUUCAGCCUAGCUAGAUCAUUGAAGAGCCUUGAAAGUUAUCUAAAGUAUGGCUUAAUGUAUGUUUUUUCCUCUGAAAAAGAUCAUAUGCCAGGAUACUUCUUCAAACCAGAGCACUUUUAAUAUCUGGAAAGAUAAUUUUCAAGGUACAAGCAAAAGCACUUCAAGGACAGAGAUUAUGUAGCAAGUUGAUUCUUUAUGAAUUCUUUGAAUUCAUUUGUGUAAUAGCUGGAACAUACUCCUCUUCUUUCCUUUAACAAAUGAACUUUUAGCACUUCUAUCUCCAAGAAAAACAUUUGUUUGGAAUUGGUGGAGGGUACUCACAGUCCGUUUAUAGUUUGGGACAAUUAAUAGGAAAAUCCCCAGUUGCAUUCAAAUAAUAGUGUUGAUGUUGAGGGCACUGACUCAUUCAACAUGUCUGAACUAGAAGUAAAUUUAAUUCUGAAAGGACUAUUAGUUAGGAAAUAAGUAUUUGUAUACACAUGUACUGUGGUAACUUUGGAUUCGUUUUAAGUCUGAUAAAGUAAGAUAAACUUUGUCUUAAAAAUAAAAUUAUGCUAAGUGAAUAAAAACUAUCUGAGAUAUUUUAAGCUAGGCAUCUUUGUUAGCAUAGUAUCUGGAACAUAACUACUUAUAAUGCUUAGGUCUUAUUUCUUUGGAAAAUAAUUUACUUAUUCCAAAAGGCUUAGAAGGAACUCUGAAAAUUCUUCUAACUGGCCAUGAAGAGUGAGGAAGUUGCAUGGUACUGCUGAAGAUCUGAGUUGACUCGCUGAAGUUUUAUUUUCUUAUUUUUUUUUAACAUUAGAAUUCUUUCUUUCUGGCUCUCCCUCCAGUUAUUUUUAAAAUUAAGGUAAUUAGUGUUUUAACCUAGAGCAUAUAAUGGCAAAUUAAAUUUUAAUUUGACCCUCAUACCGAACUCAGAAAAACUUGUUUGGUCUUCUGUAAAUUCUAUAUGUAGUACUUUUUUUUAAUUGUCAGAUUUCUUUGUUGCGUCUUUGUGUCCAACAAAACCUGUGUGGAAAUCUGUUCAUUUUUGUGGUGAGGGAUGGGGGUGAAAAAGGGGAGACUUGCUCUAAUUAUGCAUAUACAUUUUGACUAGGUAAAGGUAGUUGUAGACUAUAUGUAUAAAUAACAAGUUAACUCUUACUAUUCUGAAUUGAACAACUGAAUAAGGAACAGUGGCCUGAAGCCAUGACUUGUUUUGUGAAGCUGCUGGCUCUUUUAACAGUAGCUGACCUAUUGGAUUUAAACUGAGACUGAAAUUGAGAUUUGUGGUUAGGUUAUCUAGCUGAGUCUUUUAGCAAUGGAGCAGAUAAUGUCCCUGUAGUGGAUCCAUUUAAUUUCCUAUUUGAGUACUCUCACUUAAUAAGUAUUAUCUAUUCUGAAUCUUUGUGUUGGGAAUUUAAGGACUAUUGUCAAAGUCUAUUAAUGAUAAACAAGUAUAUGCAAAACAAUUCACAGAUGGAUAAAAAUUUCAAAUUGUGGGUUUUUGUUUUUGUUUUUGCUUUUUAGUUUCAAAGAUUAGUUAUGUAGCAGCAAUAUCAUAACCAAAGCAAGUAGAAAGUUGACUGGUUUGGAGAAUCUUCAAGUAGUCUUAAAUACUGUAAUGUAUCAGAUUGUUAACCAGGAUUUUUUUUUCCUGUAUUACUGCUAAAUGUAUUACUAUAUUAAUGCACUUUUGUAUAUAUAACUGUCUUCUGUACAUUCUGUACUUACUACAGUGUAUAUAAAGCCUGUUUUCCCUGAAGCUGUGAGGGACUAACAAUAGUUGUAUCAUAAGUCGUUUCUAUUUUGAGUUCCUUCUUGUACUUGAAAGUAGUUCAAUAGUGAAAUCUAAAUGAGUGUUUAUGGUUGUAAUUAAAACUGGCAAUGUGGCAGAGCUGUCUUUUGAAACUGAAUACCAGAAUGAAAAGUGUUGUUUUGGUUAAGAACUCUUAUAAUGUAUUGUUUCUUUUGAUGUACCCUGAGUUGUUACAAACCCCACUCACUGCUGCUUACUACUUUAUACUUCUGAGUCAGCUCCUUUCAUGCUCUAUCCCAGAAUAUUUACCAACAGAGGAGAACUGCUCUCUUUUCUGUUGCUCAUAGUUUGGUUAUGGCUUUAUAAACUUUUAUUUGGUGAAAGUCCCAGAUACCCAAAUGUCAUUGGCAAAACAUUUUUUUUCUGGAGAGAUCAGAUUUCUAGAGAGAUUAGCAUUCAUAGUAAAUGAAAAUUGUCUAAUUUUUUUAAUCCAUGCUAUUACUGGGCAGUAGGUCUAAUUUUUGUCGACAAAAAAUAGAUCUAUUUUCCUUAUAUGUUGAUUUAGAAUCUUAAGUUAAAAUUUUAUAAAAGAAAUGUCUGAGCAGUUCUAUGUAUGGAGGAGCAGUUCAGCUUUUCAGCAGCAACUUUAUCUUUUGCCACUAGAGGGAGAUCUGUGGUUGCUUUCUCCUUUGGAGAAUAGCUGCUUUGUUUUUGUUUUUAAUUUCUAAGGUUGGAAUAGAACUUAUUCUCAAAAUUCCUUUAGUGUUAUUAAAUACUUUCAUUUAUUAGUCAAAGGUAAGUUAAUUAAGCUUGUUUAAUGACACCAAUCUUAUGCUUUUCUGUAAUCUUCAAUUUUUAAUAAAUGUGAGUUAGAUAUUAAGUGAAA